AUGGAAUUGACACUACCAAAAGAAUAUUUCGAAACUGUUUCACCACUUAUUAUACAAAAACGUGUCAUCGCAUAUAAUAGAUUUAAUAGAGCAGCAGAUGUUUCUGUAUCAAGCCUGUCAUUUGAAUUCAAAAAUGGAGAAGGAGUUUUUCAUAAACGAGAUCCUUCGUCAUUUAAAUUUAAGUUAUUAGAAGAACCAGGUGGGAAACGGAGAAUUCAGUUAAGGUUAUUUGAUUUAACAACAAAAGAAAAUUUACCUCCUUAUUCACUUGCAAAGAUAACAAUAAAUAAAAAUAGUUUUGAAUUAUCAAAGUAUUUUGCUAGACCAAAAUUAAUUGAAAAAGUAAAUAAUUUCAAAAUAUUUAAUUGUAUUGAUGUUACUGAUUUACUAAAAGAAGGAAAAAAUAUUAUUUCAGUUGUGUCUAAGAAUAUUAUUGAAAAUGGAAUUAUUUCAUUAGUUGAUAUUGAAAAUCUUGGAAUAAGUGAGUGUGUUCAAUCAAUUGUUUCAAAAUGUGGUAGAAGUACGGAAUUACAAUCUUUUGAUUUAGAAGCAAUGGACGAAGAAAUGGAUGUUGAAGAAGAGCAACAAACAAUUUCAUUAAAAUGUCCUAUAAGUUAUCAGAGAAUAGUAAUUCCUGCAAGAGGAUUAAAUUGUUCACAUUUGGCUUGUUUUGAUUUAGAGAAUUAUAUUAGAAAUUCUACCACUAAACAGUGUUUUAAUUGUCCCAUUUGUUAUAAACCAGUUCCUAUUAAAGAAGUAGUAAUAGAUAAUAAAGUACUUUCCUUACUUAAACAAUCUUCAGAUGAUGUUUCAAUGAUAUCUCUUAGUUCAGAUGGUAUGAUAACUCAAAUUCAUGAUACAACAACUAAUGAAGAUUUAGAAAAACAGACUGAUUUGGAAGAACAAAAAUAUUUAAAGAAACAGGUUACUCUAUCUUUACCAAAAAUAUCAAAACCAUUAUUUGUUUUUCCUUUUCAAACUACAACAACAAUUCCUCAUCUUUCUAAAGAACAAACAACAAAACCUAAAACAACUCAACUGAAAAGAACAUUUACUCCAAAUACAUUGAAUCAAAUUAUAGGAGUUUCUGAAUUAAGUAAUAUUGAAAAGAUAACAAAAGGUAUAGCUCCAACAAAAAAACUACAACUGAACCAUAUGCCUCAAAUACAGUCAUUGUUUAAAGGAAAAGGAGAAAGCAAAGAUGAUCCUAUUGAAUUGUAA